AUGCCUCCCAGCACCAGGCGCUUGCAGCGUGGCACCCAUCUCACCGAGAACCAACCAGAUACCACAAACACAACCCUCGCUAAGCCAUUCCCCUUCCUCGAACUUCCAGAUACAGUCCGGCAGCGUCUUUAUGAACUUCACCUCGAAGCACCGCGGGGUUUCGUGCGUUUGUUCAGCAAGUCAGGUCCCACGCGUGUCCAGAGCAAAGUCACGCCUGCGAAAGUCAAGAUUAACAUCAUGUUCACGUGCCGGCAAAUCUAUCAAGAAGCUAUGCCAGUGCUUUACCGCGUCAACAACUUCUGCAUUGGCCCUCUUCCUCAUGCAGACUUGCUCCAGGACCAUGACAUAGCACAGUGCGACAAGUGGAUUCGCAAUAUGCCUGUGAAAGGACGAAACCUCAUCAACAAGCUCGAAUUAUGGCUUCCGAUCCCGCCACUUGUCCUCCUCGACUUUGAUCUUAGAUGGCGAGAUAUGCGAGAGAUUUUUCCCGGCCUCAAAAGCUUGACCCUGUUCUUCGAUCUCAACAAUCAGCUCAAAAGUUCAUGGUGGUCAUUGCCAGAGCCUGAGGAGUGCGAGAGAUAUUAUCAGCAUUUCAAGAGCAUGAUGCCACAAGCUAGAGAGACUUUUGUUGAUCUGAGGAUGCUCAGGCCGAGUCUCGUCGAGUGGCAGCCAUUAAUCGACAGUAUUAACGAGGUGUGGGACGUAUCUCCAGGCGAGUCUGCCUUCAUCACCCAAGAUUUACACCAUGCGAACAAACAUGCAGAGCAGAAGAGGGCUCUAGAAAAGGCACUGUUUGAGUCAUUUGGCGUAAGAGCUGCUGGCCAUCGAGGUCUCAGCUAUUGGCAGAUCCGACAGAACAAGGCAAUAAACUCAGAUUCGCCUUUGACCGACGAUGACACUGACGACGAAUAUGAAUGCUUUGACAAGUUUGAUGCUCCCAAGAUUGUUGCAAGGUUAGAGAAGAAGCUGGAGAGCUUGGCUCAUGGAUCAUUCGAUUUCGAAGAGGAAGAAGGUUCGUGGUGGUGA